CUGCUCCCUGCCCUGCCCAGCUCCCAGGUUGCCCAGUCAGGUCCUUAAGACCACCAGCAUAGCAGGGAGCUGUGCCAACCCCAGGCUUUAGGGUUAGCACUGGUCCCAUGAGCACUGCCCAGUCCCACCAGUGUCUUCCCAGAAUGCUCACUGUGGGGCAGCUGGGGCUGAUGGCAUACUGUGCCCACCAGCAUGACUGCCACUGAGCAGCCUGAAGAAACUCAGACAUGACAUAGCUGGGUGGCACUGGGGGCACAGGCCUGUGCCAGUGUAGGCUGCAGGGUGCCUGCAGCUGCGCUGCCCCAGGGGUAGCCAGCAGUGAGAGCUGGAGAUACGGGAAGGUCAGGGAGAGUGUUAGGCACGCACCAGGGGAUUAGCACUGUCCUUGCUGCGUCACCCGUGCCCCAGGCUUGUCCUCUGCCUAAUCCCCUUACCCUGGGCAGCUGACCAGCACUAGACAGGGUCACCCAGCCCACUCCAACCCUGUUAGGCUGGGGGAAUGGAGCUGCCCCUUUGCUUCAGCAUGCCUUCUGGGGGGCUCAGUCCCUCAGCAGGGCACCCAGCCAGGCUAGGUCUUGAUAGAAAACGGGCAAGAGGGAGUCAUGGUGCCCUUGCUACAAGCAGGGCUAGGAUCCAGCAAGGAAACUCAGGUUGGUGGCUUGUAGUGACAAACCAGGGCCAUGCCAUGACUAUGGUGGUACAGGCAAGGACUCUGGGCACCAACAGCAGAAGUGCACACUGGUGGCUCUGAGGCAGGAGGUGUCUGAAACCUCCAAGUUUGUUGAGUCCCAUGGGAUUUGGGGUGUGCAGAAUGUGCCUGUGGGGCAGUCUGGGCCAUCAUGUGCCGGAGUGGCUGUGCCAGUACAGCUGGAGUGCCUGCUGCACCCUGCUGCCUCUUCCCAACCACUUUCCUUUCCCUGCAGGGUACCGGCCCUGUGGGCAGCCAGUGACACAGGAUGGUGCUGGUGCUGGUGCUGGUGCUGUGGGCCUGCCUUGUGCUGGGCAUGGCCAGCAGGGAGAGCCCAGCACCAGAGCCUCUGAUGGGCUCCCAGCCAUUUGCUGUGGUGUGGAAUAUCCCCACUGGCCGCUGCCAGCGUCGCUUUGGUGUGAGGCUGCCCCUUGGUGACUAUGGCAUCGUGGAGAACCUGGAUGGCCACUUUACUGGCCAGAACAUCACCAUCUUCUACAAGAACAAGUUUGGGCUGUACCCUUACCUGUCACAGCAGGGUGUUGCCCAGCAUGGGGGCAUCCCCCAGCGGGUCCGCCUUGGUGCUCACCUCACCAGGGCGGCUGGGGACAUCCGCCUCCUCCUGCGCCCUGACUUCCACGGCCUGGCCGUGGUGGACUGGGAAGAGUGGAGGCCCCUCUGGAGCCAGAACUGGGGGGCCAAGCGGAUCUAUCGGGCGGCCUCGGAGCAAUGGGUGCGGGACUGUCACGGUCCGCUGCCAGCACGGCAGCGGCUCCGGCUGGCCCGGUGGCAGUUCGAGCAGGCUGCACAGGUGCUGAUGGAGGAGACACUUCUGCUGGGGCGCACCCUGCGGCCAGGCGGGCUCUGGGGGUUCUACCGCUUCCCUGACUGCCUCAACGGCAACUGGGCCAGAGAGGCCAACUACACUGGGCGGUGCCGGCCAUCGGAAGUGCAGCGUAACAACCGACUGGGCUGGCUCUGGGCCGCCUCCGCCGCCCUCUACCCCAGCAUCUACCUGCCGCCGCUGCUGCCGCCCGCCCUGCGCCGCCGCUACGUGCACCACCGGCUGCGCGAGGCGCUGCGCGUGGCCGCCUUCGGGGCCGGCGGGACGCUGCCCGUGGUGGCCUACUCCCGCCUCUCCCUCCGCCGCUCGCCCGGGUUCCUGCAGCUGGUGAGAACCGUGGGGCCGGGGUUCUGCUGCUUCCCAGUUUGCAGCCCGAGUGCCCUGUUCGCAUCUCGCUUUCCCCGGCAGGCUGACCUGGUGCACACCGUCGGGGAGAGCGCGGCGCUGGGCGCGGCGGGACUCGUGCUCUGGGGAGACAGGUCCUACUCCCGCUCUGCCGAGACGUGUGCCAGCCUGCGCCACUACCUUGUGUCCACCCUGGGUCCUUACGUGGCCAAUGUGACGGCAGCAGCCCAGGAGUGCAGCUACAGACAGUGCCAUGGGCAUGGACGCUGCGUGCGCCGGCAGCCCCAAGACCUGGGCAGCCUCCUGCACCUCGGCUCUGGUGCCAGUCUGCUUGCCUCUUUCCGCUGCCAUUGCUUCCGUGGCUGGACUGGCGAGGGCUGUACCCAGCAGGUCCAGCCUGGCCCUGCUACCUCCUGCCUGGUGCCCACCCACACUCGUGGCCUCUAUGGGCACAAUGAUCUCUCACCCUCUGACGCUUGUCUGCGACAGGGCAUGUGGAGCUGGUGACCAGGGCUGAGGACCACUAUGGUCCCUUAUCAUGGCAGUGCUACUGUACAAUGCUUCCUAUGGUCUCAUUAACUUAAAUAAAGCCUCCUGGCACA